ACUUUCCAUUUUAUUUUCAUAUUAAAAAGCUCACUUCGCUAGAUACAAAAUUAGAAUCGCAGUGGCAUCAAUUUCAGAGUUCACUUUCUCGGGAAAUUUCUCUCAAAUGUGCGAAGAUUUAGAGCACCCGUUCGCUCACACCCAGAUCCUUUCUCUCUAGGCUUUGUGGAGUUAUUUGAAAAGACAUGUAUAAGAACCAGUUGCAAGAGUUGGCUCAAAGAAGCUGUUUCAAUUUUCCAGCCUAUUCAUGCAUCCGCGAAGGACCAGAUCAUGCUCCUCGUUUUAAAGCAACUGUGAACUUUAGUGGAGAGACAUUUGAAAGUCCUACAUUCUGCUCUACUCUUAGACAGGCAGAACAUGCAGCAGCUGAGGUAGCUCUUAACACCCUUGCAAAAAGAGGUCCUUCUAGAGCUUUAGCAGCAAGAGUUCUGGAUGAAACUGGAGUAUACAAGAAUUUGCUCCAGGAAACUGCUCACAGAGCUGGACUGAACCUUCCUGUUUAUACUACUAUUCGUUCUGGACCUGGUCACGUUCCUUCCUUCUCAUGUACAGUUGAGAUUGCUGGACUGAAUUUUUCUGGGGACCCAGCUAGGACCAAGAAACAGGCUCAGAAGAAUGCUGCAAUAUCUGCUUGGUCUGCAUUGAGAAAAUUGUCACAGCAUCAUUUGUCUUCUUCAACUUCAUCCUCACUUCCUUCAGAGUCUAAAGGCAAUGAAGAACAAGAACAAGUCAUCAUUGCUCGGGUUCUUUCAAGUCUACAGUCAUCAGAUUUCAAGAACGUUUCAGAAAGUGAUUACCAACAUACAUUGCAAAAGUCCAAUACAAGGUCUUUUGUGUCAACCCUGCCAGCUCCAGGCAUUUAUCCUCCACAAUGUCAGCAUUGUGGACACUCUAGUUUUUUCCCUGAUGUGACCAUGUAUCAGAUUUGGCAGCAAGAACAAAUUAUACUGCAGCAGAAUCACCUGUUGGCACUAACCGUUCCCCCAAUAAUUCCAUCUGUUCCACAUAUAUAUCCAUUUGUGCAAUCUGUGCUCCAGCCAGACCACUGUCUUUAUUUUCCAGCUAGAGACUUAGCAUCAGUACCCGUAGGACCAAAAUUUUCUAUUGCUACGUCAAGGCCUUCAUUUUACUUUUCAAACCAAAUUGUUCCCGACUUAAGAAGGGGUAGAUCAACAGUAACCAUUAGGGAGAUACAAGAGGAAAAAGCAGAAGAUCCCCCAGUUUGCAACUUCAGUAAUGAGACAAGGUUCCAAGCACCAGCUUCAAAGGAUGAGAGACAGAAGCAUGGUGGCUCUGAGAGAAGUAGAGAUGUUCAGCUGGGAGGAGAACAAAGUGGGACAUCUGAAUGGGCUUCUCAUUGGAGAACAGGCUCUGUAUACAGACCAGUUAAUAUUGAGCUGCAAAACCCAUCUAGUAUUGACACAUCUAGUUCUAUUCUCAGAACACACUCAAAAACAAGUUCCAACAGAAGUUUUAGACCGCCUGCAGUUGCUUCACCGAUGAUGAGAACCACGGUCCCUGCUUCUUCUGCAGUUUCCAGACCACAACAUAGGGAAGUACCUCUGGCUGUUCCUUCAAGAAUGAGAACUGGAGUCCCUCCAUGUCCAUCCUUGCCCACGUCUGAAAGGUUUGGCAUGGUGGGAGCACAUACUCCUCGGUUCAUGGCACCGGCUGUAAGAAUCAGAUCAGUGGUGCCAGUCUGCUCUGCUCCUCCAAGAAUGUCCAUUGAGGAGGCAUCAGAAAACGAGGAAAAGAAAGGUCUAAAAACUGAAGUGGAGUCGAGAACAAGCUCUGAACUUGGCAAUCUUAGAAUAUGAGUAUACAUACUACAGAUGUUAUAUUUUGAAGUUCAAAAGUUUAGUUCAUGCCAAUAUGAUGAUGCUCUUCGAGGGCAGUUGAUUCUUUUUCAUAUUAACUGAAAUGAAUCGGCUUUUCCUUGAUCAUCUUUUGUAAAGUAAUAAAUGUGAAAUAUAUCAUUUGAAUUUAAUAUAUCAAAUUAGGGGAUCAGAAGUAAUCUUGCCAACAUUUGUUUUUGUGGCAAAU